AAUGCUUUCAAAUAUUCGUCAACUGUGCAGUAAAAUGAAAGCCAUAACUCUUUUGUUUCUCGCUUUGGUUUCGGUCACUUGUUUAUUCGCCGCACAGGCCGACUCUGAUCCAUCGAAUGAAGUAGACUUGGACUAUGAGCCUGACUCUGAGCUUGAUUACGAGUUGGAGAUAGAUCAGUUUCUGGAUGAACUAGAUGACGAUGAAGAAUUAAUGGAAGUGGAGGAUUAUGGGCUCAUUCGCACCAUCAGACACAUACUUCAUAGGGUUUUGAAAACAGUUCGUGGCUCCAAGUGCGUUUUCAAAGGAGUCGUUGAUAUUCUGUAUUCCUGUACUAAUUUUGUGGAUGCUGUGGAAUCCUGCGGUACGGAGGUUCCCAAGGAUGUUGAAAAGAUUGUCGAUACUGUAAAGCAGAUCAUCAAAAUCUGCGACGAGAUACUUCACUUGAGAUCCAAGCUAUGUGCCAAAGAUAAAUCCUUUCUUCACCAUCUCAAAAACUCGUUCAAAUGCUUCUGGAAGCUUUUUAGAUCGACCGUAAAAUUGACCAAAAAAAUCAAUAAGACCCUCAAACUGAUUCGAAAGUUGCCUGCCGACACAAACGUCUGUUUCUUGAAUGCCACCAAUAGCGUAAAAGUAUCCUUUAAUUCCUUCUUUUCCAAUGUUGAAGUUUGCCGAAAAGCAUAAUAUAAUAAACUUCUUAAUCAAUAAAACCAAAA